AAAGACGUAUCUUAAUUGUUCUCAUAAGAAAUGUACUAAACAAAAAUAUACGGUGGAAAAUGUUUCAAAAAUAUAUACACUACCGUUAAACGUUAUUAAGCGAUUGCUAUAUACAACUAAUUAUACGUGAAAUUCAUAUUUAAUGCGGAGAAUUAAAGUGAAGACUUGAAAUAGAGAGAUUCGCUUUAGACGACUUUACAAAGUUUUGAAUGAGCACCAUUUUCUUAAUCGCAAUGGUGGGAACAGGUCACGUGAUCGGUUAACUUGGUGUUCCGCUUGUCGCGCGAGUAACCGUGGCCAGCCAUUUUGAUUAGUAACAUGGCGUCAGCGGAGAUUAAUAUGGCGUCCUCGGACAUAAUAACUGAAGUGGAGAUUCAACCAGAUAUCCAAGAGGUUGAAAUAGAAACGAUACCGGUGGAGAUACCGUGUGAGACUGUGGAAACUACGAUCGAAGGUGAAGAUGGCCAGCCGAUGAUAGCCCUUCAAACACUUCCAGAGCCAGGACGCGAAGAAAUCAUACUACAGACGCAAGAGGAAAUCGUCGGUAGUGAUCCACUAAGCGUAUAUGAUCAGAUUCCAGUCCCGGAGAGCGAUAUUUAUGUUGAAUCAAGCCCUGGCCCAUCGAAGAAAGGUCCUAAGAAGACCAAGAAAAGCGGUUCGUCGAAAUUCAGAUCGUCCGAUCAUACGAUUUUUGGGGAAAUGGGUUCGGAGACGAAGGCUAGAAAGUGGGAGCAGAAGCAAGUGCAAAUCAAGACGCUUGAAGGUGAAUUCUCAGUGACGAUGUGGGCAUCAGGUACCGACGACGGGAGUGUCCUAUUAGCUCCUCACCUGGUGGAUGUUCCAGAUGAAGGCUCUAAUCCAGAGCCUGAUCCAGACUACACAGAAUACAUGACUGGUAAAUCCAAUGCCAAAUUCAAUCACUCUGGAAGCUCCAUUUCCGAUGGAAUGCCAGGUCUUGACCUUUCGGAUCCAAAGCAAUUGGCAGAAUUUGCUAGGCCUGGUCAUAAAUUGAAAGUACGCAAACCACCUGUUCUAGAUGGUGUAGAGCGCACUAUAGCCUGUCCACAUAAAGGAUGCACAAAAAUGUUCAGAGAUAAUAGUGCAAUGCGUAAACAUUUACAUACCCAUGGACCAAGAGUGCAUGUAUGCGCAGAAUGUGGGAAAGCUUUUGUUGAAAGUUCCAAAUUGAAAAGGCACCAGUUGGUUCAUACAGGAGAAAAACCUUUCCAAUGUACAUUUGAAGGAUGUGGUAAAAGGUUUAGCCUGGAUUUCAAUCUUCGCACUCAUGUUAGAAUUCAUACAGGAGACAGACCUUAUGUUUGCCCAUUUGAUGGAUGUAGCAAAAAAUUUGCACAAUCAACGAAUUUAAAAUCACAUAUAUUAACACAUGCAAAGGCUAAGUCACGUAAUGCUAUUGGCAGAGGAGUACAACAAAUUCAACUUCAACAACCUCAAUUUGUACAAGUUGAAGUUGCAGAUGUGGAUAAUCAACAAUUCAUUGUUUAUGCUGAUUAGCCCCCCUAACAAUGAUCUCAUAUCCUAUAAACCUAUAAAUGGAAUAUCGUAAUCAUUAAUUAGUAACGUAAACAGUGUAAAUAUUUUCAUGAUAUAAGUGAUGAGGGCAGGACAUUACUAAAGCUGUUAGUUAUCUUAAGAGAAGAAAUUAAUUAAUCAAUUUAUACCUCUGUGCUUAGAUGCAAAGUAAAUAGAUAUCACAAGCACUAUACUACUACAAAAAAUAAAAUAAAAUUACACUAAAGAAGGUAGUGUAUCUUCUGAGACAUAUAAAGUAGAAUAUUGCGCACUGCUCAAUCUCAUGUCUUGAGUCACACUAAAUGAUACCUAGUGCGCUCUCAUAAUACAACUGUAUAUAUUUAUACUUAAAGUAAAAUAUUGUAUACAGUAUAUUUUGGAGAAAUUCUGAUAAGAAUAAACUACAAAAUACGUCUUUUCCGUCGGA